AUGAGUUUAGCAUUCGAUGAUUAUGGUCGUCCUUUUAUCAUUAUAAGAGAACAACAAGCCAAGGAGCGUUUAAAGGGUAUCGAAGCGCACAAAUCACAUAUCAUGGCAGCCAAGACCAUCGCUAAUAUAAUGAAGUCGUCGCUCGGACCCAAGGGUAUGGACAAGAUGAUCGUUUCUCCGGAUGGCGACGUCACCGUUACCAAUGACGGUGCCACCAUUCUCGAGAACAUGCAGGUCGACAAUCAAAUCGGAAAGUUGUUGGUACAACUCUCAAAGUCGCAGGACGACGAAAUCGGUGAUGGUACCACCGGUGUCGUUGUGUUGGCCGGUUCCCUCUUGGAACAGGCGGAAUCGUUGAUCGAGAAGGGUAUCCACCCAUGUCGUAUCUCCGAGGGUUACGAAACCGCUUGUCGUAUCGCCAUCGAACAUCUCCAAACCAUCUCUGACCGUAUCGAUUUCACCAAGGAGAAUUUGGAGCCAUUAGUUAAAACUGCUAUGACUUGUUUAGGUUCAAAGAUUGUUAAUCGUUUCCAUCGUCAAAUGGCAGAGAUUGCAGUAAAGGCUGUAUUGUCGGUUGCCGAUCUCGAAAGAAAGGAUGUAAACUUUGAAAAUAUCAAACUCGAAGGAAAGGAGGGUGGUAAACUCGAAGAUACAAAGUUGAUUAAUGGUAUUAUCAUUGACAAGGGUAUCUCUCAUCCACAGAUGCCAACUGAAAUUAAAGACGCAAAGAUUUGUUUGUUGACAUGUCCAUUCGAACCACCAAAGCCAAAGACAAAGAAUACAUUGGAAAUCACAAAUGCAGAGGAUUUCAAGAAAUUGAGUGAUCUCGAAAAACAAUAUUUCAUUGAUAUGGUUCAAAAAGUAAAGGCUACUGGUGCCAAUCUCGUCAUUUGUCAAUGGGGUUUCGAUGAUGAAGCCAAUCAUUUGUUGUUACAAAAUAAUUUGCCAGCCGUCAGAUGGGUCGGUGGUUUGGAUCUUGAAAAGAUUGCUAUGGCCACUGGUGGUCGUAUCGUUGCUCGUUUCGAAGAUGUCAGUGCCGACAAGUUGGGUCGUGCCGGUUUGGUAAGAGAAAUCGGUUUCGGUACCACCAAAGAUCGUUACUUGAGCAUCGAACAAUGUCCAAACACAAACGCUGUCACCAUCUUUGUUAGAGGUGGAAAUAAGAUGAUUGUUGAUGAAGCCAAAAGAAGUAUUCAUGAUGCUUUGUGUGUCACUCGUAAUCUCAUCAGAGACAACCGUAUCGUUUAUGGUGGUGGUAGUGCAGAGAUUAGCUGUGGAUUGAAGAUCUCAUCAAAGGCUGACGAAAUUCCAACCAUUGAACAAUAUGCUGUCAGAGCUUUCGCUGAUGCUCUCGAAGCUAUUCCAAUGGCUUUGGCUGAGAACAGUGGUUUACCACCAAUUGAAACUUUGUCAACCAUCAAGGCACAACAAGUAAAGGAGAAAUCUGCUAUUCUUGGUGUAGAUUGUAAUCUUAGAAAUACAAACAAUAUGAAAGAACAAUUUGUAUUCGAUACUCUCCCAGGUAAAACUCAACAAUUCCUUUUGGCAAAUCAAGUAGUAAAGAUGAUAUUAAAGAUUGACGAUAUUAUUAGAAUUAAUGCUGACGAGGAAUAA